CAUCUGGGUACGCCUCUGGGGUUGGAGUUUGCGCAAUGUUUGACUAACCUGCAGACGAGAAAAUACACUGAAACCGGUCAUUUCAUUUUGGCAAUUUCCGGUCGAAGAAAAUUAGGGCCAUGGUCGACCAGGAGAAAAAAGUCCGGGGCCAUUCGAGGGCCUCCAGCGGCUCGCGCGAAUUUCUGGAAGCCACCAAACGGGACGCCUUGAACCUCCUGGAAAAGGAACUGGACAAGCUUCUAUCAACGGCGCCCGACAAUGAAAAGGAGAAGAUCCGGAAAGAGUUCGACGGAUUUGCAGCACUCUUUGGAAGGUUUCUCGAAGAAACUGGACCUUCUGUUGAUUGGGAUAAAAUUGAGAAGUUGCCUAAUGAUGCUGUUAGAGAUUACAGUACUCUGGAGACGCCAACUGCAGAUACUAUACACAAUAUGCUCAAUAAAUUGGUAGUUGUUAAGUUGAACGGAGGGCUCGGGACGUCCAUGGGCUGCCACGGGCCCAAAUCGGUGAUCGCGGUCAGAAACGAACUCACUUUCCUCGACUUAACUGUGCAGCAAAUCGAACACUUGAACAAGACUUACAAAGUUAACGUUCCUCUAAUACUCAUGAAUUCCUUCAACACGGAUGAAGACACGCAAAAAGUGAUCCGCAAAUACAAGAAUCUUCAAGUUGAAAUUCACACUUUUAACCAGUCGUGUUACCCCAGAAUCAACAGGGAUACUCUAAUGCCUAUCACGAAGAAAAUCGAUAUUCAUAACGACCUGGAAUCGUGGUAUCCUCCAGGUCACGGCGAUUUUUACCAAAGUUUCAAAAAUUCAGGCCUCUUGCGCAAAUUCAUACAAGAAGGGCGGGAAUAUUGCUUCAUUUCCAACAUCGAUAAUCUGGGAGCUACAGUUGACUUGAAUAUUCUUAACAUGGUACUGAAUCCGAAAGAUAAAGUCCAACAUGAAUUCGUUAUGGAAGUCACCGAUAAGACUAGGGCUGACGUCAAGGGCGGUACUUUGAUCCAAUACGAGAACAAACUGCGCUUAUUGGAAAUCGCGCAAGUGCCCAAAGAGCACGUCGACGACUUCAAAUCGGUCAAAACGUUCAAAUUUUUCAAUACGAAUAACUUGUGGGCAAAACUUGACGCUAUUGAGCGAGUCUUAGCUCAGGGUUCGCUCAGUCUUGAGAUUAUUAUCAAUAAUAAAAGUCUGAAUAAUGGUUUGAAUGUGAUUCAGUUGGAGACGGCUGUUGGGGCGGCGAUGAAAUCAUUUGAGGCAGGCAUUGGCAUAAAUGUGCCGCGGAGUAGAUUUUUGCCGGUGAAAAAAACACAGGAUUUGCUUCUAGUCAUGAGUAAUUUGUACAGUUUGAAAAAUGGGUCGUUGGUGAUGUCGCCACAAAGGAUGUUCCCCACUACGCCACUGGUUAAGUUAGGGGAUAAUCAUUUCGCGAAAGUGAAGGACUUUUUGGGGCGCUUUGCGACGAUUCCCGAUUUGAUCGAGUUGGACCAUUUGACCGUUUCGGGGGAUGUUACGUUUGGCAGGGGCGUCUCGUUGAAGGGUACUGUAAUUAUAAUCGCGAAUCACGGAGAACGGAUCGAUAUUCCGUCAGGUGCCAAUUUAGAAAAUAAGAUAGUGUCCGGUAAUAUGCGGAUUCUGGAUCAUUGAGUAAUGAGUAUGCGUGUGUAGAUUUUUGUUGUUUUAUUUGUAUAUGUUGUUAUAGUUUUUCUACACGUAAAUUUACAGUAACUGUAGUCAUUGUUUGCUAUUUAUUUAUGAAGAUUUAUUGCCUAGUUUUACAAUAAAUAUAUUUUCGGCAUA